CUUCGCCUCUGGUUGGCGUAAAGCUCUGGGCGCGCAUCCCAUGCUGACGCACGUAGGUGUGCGUCGCCUCGCCUUUGCACUGAAACAGCUUCGUCCUCCGCGGCGAAGCUCCAAAUCCGAAACCGAAAUCCCAAUCUCGUUCUCCCCAAUCCCCCAGUUCCGUCGCGAUGAAGAACCCUAACCCUCCUCCCGCGAAGCCCUCCGCCGCCGCCGCCGCCGCGGCGAAGAUGCCGCCGGCGGCCGCCGCCAUGGCGACCCGGAAGUCACGAUGGGGCCCGGCGCCGCCUGGCGGGGAGAAGGGGGCGGCGUCCACGUCGGCGCGCACCCCGACCCCGACCCCGUCGGCCGACGCCAGGCGGCAGCACCCGGGUCCUCCUGGCGCUGGCCCCGCCGCAGCGUCGCCGGCGGCCGCUUUCCGUCAGCCGCAGCCGCGGGUGGAGACCCCGCCGCCGCCGUCGUACGGCUUCCACAACCUGGACCGCCGCACCAUGCUGCUCGCCGACGGCUCCGUGCGGACCUACUUCGCGCUGCCGCCCGAUUACCCCUUCGAGCCCACCCCUCUGCCCCAGCUCCCGCACCUCCCGCUCGGAGCCGGCCCCGACGCCUGGCCGCCGCAGCGCCCGCCGCAGCACGACGCCAAGCGGAAGCACCUCGCCGACCCCGACGAGGGCUUCCACAGUAGGUAUCCCAAGCAGCCCCGGUUCGAGUCGGCGCCGCAGCAGCUGGCACCCCAUGGGGCGGUGGACCGGCACGCGCUCAGGAGGGCGUUCCUCAAGUACGCCAAGAUGCUCAACGAGAGCGCGGCGCAGAGGCGGAGCUACCUUGAAGGUGGACGUGUCCCCUGCCUUGCCUGCGGAAGGUCUUCUAAGGACUUUGCUGAUGUGCAUGGACUUGUCAUGCAUGCUUACAACCCACCAAAUGCGGAUUCAUUCAUUGACCAUCUUGGUUUGCACAAGGCACUAUGCGUACUUAUGGGCUGGGAUUAUACAAAAGUCCCUGAAAACUCUAAAGCAUACCAGUCAUUACUCCCUGACCUUGUUCAAGCAAGUAGGGAGGACCUUAUCAUAUGGCCACCAACGGUUAUCAUUCGCAACACUGCUACAGGGAGGAAGAAAGAUGGCCGCUCUGAGGGUUUGGGGAAUAAAGAAAUGGAUAAGAAAAUUUCAGAACUAGGUUUUACUGGAGGCAAGUCAAAGUCCUUGUAUGGAAAGGAAGGGCACUUGGGUUUGACACUUAUCAAGUUUGCAAACAGCCCAGCUGGCUUGAAGGAGGCUGAGCGCCUUGUUGAUUUCCUUGAGAGGCAAGAUCAUGGACGUAUGGGUUGGUUGCGUGCACAACCCAGACAAUCUCUAGAUUCUGAUAAUAGUCCUUUACUGGUUGAGACAGAUAACAGGACAGGUGAGAAAAAGAGGAUACUUUAUGGAUACCUAGCAAUUUCGUCCGAUAUGGAUGAAUUAGACUCUGAUUCAAGGAAAAGGGCUUCCCUUAAGAGCAAGAGGGAAUUUGACCCAUCUGAUUAGCCUCUUUCACAAAAGCGCGCCUCCUUGUUAGUUUAUUUUAAUUCGAGCGAUGCUUUUGUACCUUCUCUUAAAUGCAAACCUGCUGGUUUGCAAUAUAUGCUGCUGUGCACCAGAAAUAUUACCUUUGAAUAUAGUACCUGCACUUAGGAUGGUUGUCGUUGUUAUUGCUGGAAGCUACAUAUCUCAGCAAGUGUUUUCUGACAAGCAUCCAUUGCUUACUGAUUGAAUGGGUGCCCUAAAGAGUCUAUUUUUUCUUCCAGUUUGAUAUUUA